UGCUCGGCUGCAAACACUUCCUGAUUGAUAGUCCUACUUCACUGACUGGCUACACAUUCAGCAUCGAACCGUUGCACGGUGUUACAGAGACAUAGGCUAGCACUAGAAACCACUCAACGCACAGUGGAGGUUUCCUGAACAUAAUAUCAUGCUGCCUACACCAACGCAAGACAUGGAUGGAAAUCGACCGUUGACCCAAAUGUCUUACUGCACCGUGGUAGAUAAAAAUGACCAGUGUAAAUUCAUAUGCUACACGCAUAAAUAUUCGGAGAUGUUCAAUGUUGGUUUGACAAAUGCCUCUGAUGUGUGGAGCACAGAUUUCACUGAUGAGACAUUGAACCAGUUUAGACGAAAGUUUGCCUUGAAGUCAACAGAGGAUUAUAUCUUGAAAAUGAGGUCUGCGUGCGGCAGUGGGAGUGUGUCUGUAUCAAUGCAGGACAGCUGUGCAGUGCUCUGUGUAGGCACCAGUCCAGGGGACCUGAGUGUGACUCUGUCCAGACUGAAACAGCCCGAGGCCAAAGAGAAACUGAGAGAGCUGCUGUUUAGAAUGGCAGACAGUCUGACUCGUUUAGACCAUACAAGUGGCCCAGCCCCAUUCAGUCCUGGAAAGAGUCCACACAAACGCAAUACAGAUUUUGAGCCAAGGAGACAGCCACAGAGUGGCCAAACUCUGGCAGUCAAGAAGCGUCUUCCAGGAGAUUCUCUUAUCAACCCAGGAACAAGAAGAAAGCGUCCAGCAACCGGGGUGGCAUUUGAUGAUGAAGAUGAUCAAUGAUGAUUUGCUAAAGAGAAAUGACCACAGUUGCCUUUCAUCAUCACUAUCACAUUUCUGCUGCAUAUAACAAUUUAGUGCAUGAAUGUUAUUUUAUUCCACCGACACUACACCAUUCGGCUGCAACAUCAUUUUAAAAAUCUACCUAUUUAAUUCUGUCUACAUGAUGACAUAAUCUGCUUUUUAAGGACUUUUAAUAUGUGUCCCAAAUGACACUAUUCCCUAUAUAGUGCUCUACUUUUAACCAUAUGGGCUCAGGUCAAAAGUAGUGCACUAAUUAUGGAAUAGGGUGCCAUUUGGAAAACAACCAUGAUGAUCAUUACCUCAAUCACUGUGAAAACUUGAAACAUGGUUUUUAAAUGUAUUUUAAUCUUGAUUUGUGUAAUAAACAUCCAUUUUUAAAAAAGCAUAACGAU